AUGUCGCUCGCGGCACCUACCGAUGCUCCGGGAGAGGGCCUGGUCCCCCCUCCACCCCCAUCUCCAAUAACCUUCGUCCGCGACGUUGAGCCCUUUGUCCCGACGCCCCUCAUCGCCGACCUCCUGCGCACUCGCUACUGCAUUCCUGACUCCAUCUUUCUCGUCGAGGGCAUCGAGUCGGCACCCCUCGCCCCGUCAAGUCGAUGGCGCGUCGUGCGUCUCAUGCUGGGCGACGGCGAGCUCUGCAUACAGGCCCUCCUGGUGCCCGAAAUGCAUCGCUUCGUCGACACCGGCUCCGUCACCGUCGGGUCCUACGUUAAGCUGCCCACUUUUGCAACGCGCAGGAUGCAGAUUACUACCGAAGAUGGAAAGGGGAGACAGAAAAUGGUCUAUCUUGUGGUGAGCGACAUCAUGACUGUCGGCUGGCACAAUGCGUUGCGCGAGGCUGCGAGACACGAAGCACUCGACGGUGGCGAUGAUGAGCUGGCCCAGGAGGAACAGCAAUCACUCACACAGAGGCAUUCUCGUGGGCUGCCAACCGAAGGAGAUGAAGAGGACUUGAUCGCAGAUAGCGAUAUUGACUUUGAAGACGUCGAGCACGCGCUGGACCAAGCGCAGGCAUUGACUGCGGCGACGUCUACGCGUCCCCGCGUCAGAGGUCAGGCUGCCCAGUCCCCCAGUCGCUACGACGGCGACUCAGAUGACGAGGCCGCCUUUGAGACCAUGAUCGUAACCCCAACGAGGUCGACCCAGCGUCGCGAGCGUCUUGCCAACGCGAUCCAGGCGUCUGCGAGCGCUCGGGUGUCGACAUUGCCCGAGGAUCGCGAUGUGUCACCGUCAAGAGCUGCUCGAGGUAGAGGCCAUCCAGGACAUGAGGACAAAACCCACGAUGAAAGCAACACCAAUGUUCAAAAAGUUGCUUCGCCACCCAGAUCAUCACGCGCACAGCCUGGGUCUCAGCGUCCGCCAGUGGCUUUGGCUAGGCAGUGGACGGACACUUCUAUUCCCCUGAAGCUCACUCCUCUCCGUGCGAUCAACAGCCUGCCGUACAAACAAAACUGGUCCAUAAACGUUCUGGCCAUUGUUACCGCGCUCAGUGGCAUUGAACCAUCGCAUAUCCCUCCCUACCAACAACGCAUCGCGCGCCUCGCCGACCCUUCCACUGACAAGCACGUCAUGCUAGCCUGUAUGCUGGAACCUAAAGACUUCUCCCCUCAAGUUGGCAGCGCUGUGCUCCUCGUUGGCGUUAAGAACCAUCUCUUCGACGGUGGAAGCCUGAAGAAGUACAUCAGCGACAAGCCAACGACACAAGGUGGGCAGUGGUGGUUCCAGAACCCAUCACGGUUUGCAUGGUGUGACGCAGAUGGCCUGCAAAAAUGGUGGGACGAGCAUGAAUCGGCAAGAGACAACAAGUAG